AUGGUAUAUGCUGUCCUGCUCAUUAUUUUCAUGGAUGACGUGUCGGGCAAUGUGUCGAAGCAGUGGAAUAAGCAUCACACCAUUUAUAUGUCCAAUGCCAACUUGCCAUGCAAGAUGCUCAAGAAAGAGUUUUUUGUACGAUUUGUCACAUCAUCGCCUCAUGCUGCACCAAUGGAGCUCAUGCGAGCAAUGAAAGAGUCUAUCUGUGUCACAGCCGAAUCUGGCAUUGUUGUAUGGGACUGCAAGGACAAUCAAGAAGUCAUGCUUAUUCCAUAUGUGUUGUUCAUCACUGGUGACAAUCCCAUGCAGGCCGAAGAGUGCAGCCAUGCGGGGCUGAAUUGUAAUUAUUAUUGCAGGACGUGUGAGGUUGGUGGCAUGAAGGAAUAUAAAGAAUCCAAGGCUGGAUAUAACAGCAUCUUCAAUGUUUGUAAGUCUGUUUCGUGUUUUACAAUUGCUGAUUUUGUGUUUGUACAAUUCGAGACUGCGAUACUUUCAGGUGUCUCGGAGAAGGUGAAGAAUUCUAUGUUGUCAACUGGUAUUCAUGAUACGGCUUCAGCCUCCAUUCUCAACACACUGCUGGAGCUUGGCAAAAAACUUAGGAAACACAUAGCAGGUUCUCCAGCACUACCUGAAAAUGAAGUUAGAAUCGUGCUCGAGAAAGAGUUUGAGCAGCUCUUGCAAGGCAGAAGGCUUGAUGAUGCUAUCAAUCCCUUACUGGGAAUGCAUGCAUUCAAUGUUCACAUGGAUAUGCCAACUGAAAUUCUCCAUACAGUACUGCUUGGCAUUGUUAAAUACUUCUGGGGGCAGACAGUGUUUCUCCUCGAGAAAUCUAGGCUUCUGCAUCUCUUCCAGAACCGCCUCGAGACCAUCAACAAGGAUGCGCUAAAUGCUCCUUGCCUCAAUGCCGACUACAUCUGCCACUACAAAGGCAGCUUGAUCGGCAAGCAUUUCAAGAGUCUGGCGCAAGUAAUGCCAUUCCUCAUUUACGACCUUGUCCCACCAAUGGUCCUCAAUGGUUGGAUAGUUAUGGGUGAACUCAUUGUCCUCAUCUGGCAUACGAAGAUAGAAAACAGUGAAACUUAUCUCGUGAGUCCUUAUAUCAUGUACCUGCUCUUUCUAGUCAUCUUUUUGAUAGGCAAGUUAACACGAACAAUUCAGGACUUUCUGAAUGUGACGGCACAGUGUGCGCCGAGCAUCCUAAUUAGCAAACCUAAAUUCCAUUUUCUCAUCCAUCUCCCAGCCUACAUUUGA